CUCAAGGACAUCGAUUAGUAAUUCACGGAGUACAUAGGAGCACCACUCUCCCUCAACAAUGAAACGACUCCUACAACUUGGAUCUCAUAUCACGCCUCGAUUCGCAUCAACAAUGGCAGGAAGAAGACAACCCGAUAUCACGCUCUACACAGACGCAACUCCCAACGGGAUCAAAAUCACCAUUGCUCUGGAAGAGCUGGGUAUUCCAUACAAGCUCGAGCACAUUGAUAUUUCCACCAACCGACAAAAGGAAGACUGGUUCCUUGAAAUCAACCCUAAUGGCCGCAUCCCCGCCAUCACCGAUACAUUCUCUGACGGAUCAAAAAUCCGCCUGUUUGAAGGCGGCAGCAUCCUCCAAUAUCUGGCCGAACAAUACGAUCACGAUCACGUAAUCAGCUAUCCUCAAGGCUCGCGCGAAGCAUACGAAGUCAACAAUUGGGUAUGGUGGCAAGCAGGAGGGUUGGGACCCAUGCAAGGUCAAGCGAACCAUUUUGUUCGUUAUGCGCCUGAGAGGAUUAAAUAUGGAAUGGAUAGGUAUACGAAUGAAAGUCGGAGAUUGUACAAGGUGUUGGAGAAUCAUCUGCAGAAGUCAAAGUCGGGGUUUUUGGUGGGGGAUCAUAUCUCGAUUGCGGAUAUUGCGGCGGUGAGUUGGGUGAUUUAUGCGGGGUGGGCGGGCGUGGAUAUUGAUGAGUUUCCGAAUGUGAAGAAGUGGGAGGAGAUGUUGUAUGCGAGACCGACGGUUAAGAAGGGUUGUGAUAUUCCUAAGCCGCUCAAGAUUAAGGAGUUGCUUCGUGAUAAGGAGAAGGUUGAGGAACAUGCCAAAAAGGGGAGUCAGUGGAUCAUGCAAGGGAUGGGUGAGGAUAAGAAGUGAAGCAGAGUAGAGAACCUAAGUAACUAGGUACCUGAAUAGGUAGUGACACUGCCACUGCUAUCGAUCUACUGAGCAUGAAGAGAGAUACCUAGGUGUUGUAAUGUUGAUACAACAAGGCUGGUCAGGUAUCAACAUCGUAUUUGGUAUUGUUCAGAGUCGUUUUGGAUGUAGAGCGGCAAGACCUCAUAUCUAAAAUGCUCACAAAUCUGGCUGUUCUACAAUAGCAUCCCGACGAUGGACCCCGAAGUCAUCGUAAUGUUGUUGCACACAAGGCUGUGGGUGGGUAUCGGUAUCGCUCGAGAGCAAGCCAAAC